GAUAAACUUAUUAAAUAGUUAGACAUGCUUUACCAAAACCCUAUCAUUUAAAAUCGAUUUGAAACUGCAAUUGAAAUCAAAUUUAACUUAGCGUAUCAGUACAUGUGUGAUGAGUUCACUGGUGGUGCCAGUGGUGGUGUGGGGAGGUGGGGGCACUGGACAGAACAGUCCCACUCACCGAGUCUCCUCCCUUCUCCUCACCCCAGACUGCACCACCCUCAUAUCUGGCAGUGUGGACGGACACAUCAUCCUGUGGAAGCUCAAAUUAGACCAGACUCUCUGGAAUGCACAGACGGAAGCUACGCUGGAGCCAAUAUCGGUUCUUCUGGGCCAUACAGCUCAAGUGACCGCCCUGUGUGUGGCCAAUGAAGCCAAUGCCCCCAUCUCAGCCACCAGUUGCGCAGUGGGGGGAGCAAAGGGCACUUUUCUGUCUGCCAGUGAAAAUGGAGACGUAUGUCUGUGGGACAUCUCAGACGGAAGGUGUCUGGAGGUCAACAGGUUCCAAGGACACCACAUCGGAAUGCAGAGACUUCCAGUGCGUGAGCAGAGUGGCAUUCGGGUGCUGGUUUGGGGCUACUACAGUGACAUCUUAGUCAUAGACGGAUGCUCCCUCUGCCACCUCUUCUCCCUCUCCUCCCGACUCCAUCCAGACUGGGCAUCCGCAGUUACCCUAGUCAGACCCAUAGUCAAAGCAGGGAAGCUGAAGGUGCGAAUGGUAGAAAACCCAGCUGAGAAAUGGAACGGGAGUAAGAAGAGACAAACGCUGAAACAAAUGACAGCAGCGGCUUCUGCCAGUCUAGAGUCAAACAAUCGCAACGGUAGAAGAAGAGAAGAUGAUGAUGAAGAUAGUGAGCAAGAACAACUGGUCUUCCAACCCAACAGAGGCGAAGACGAAACAUCUGCAGAUGCUAAAACGAGUGAUCAAACAAGAGUUCGUAAAACUUCGUUGGGUUCAAAUGAAACUCUUCCGCGCUAUGUUGGAAGCACCAAUAACGAUCCCUUGACUCCCAAAUUGACCUUGAAAAAAAGUCUCUCGACGUCUUCAUUGUCUCGAACGGACUCUGCGUUGAGAUCGAACCAGCUUAAAAAUGUGCGACUAGCGAAUUUGAGUUCGGAGCAGAAUUUACACUCCAUGCAAAACAUGUGGAACUCAAAUGCAGCUGCAACAGCUAGCUAUGAGAGUUUGCACGAGUUCAAAGGCCACCAAAGUUCGUCUAGGAAGAAAAAAUCUAGCGUGAUGGCGAAUCAGAGAAUAGUGUACAGGCAACUCAUUAGAGGAAAAGAUGUGGUGGUUGCCCUCACGCUAUCUGGCCAUGUGAAAGUGUGGUCACUAUCUUCUACUGACAGAAAGGAAAUGGAAUUCAUUCCUGAGGAACAGUCGAAGAGUAUCCGAUGUAUGAAUCCCUGUCACAUGACCUGCUGCUCCGCCAAUCAGAAGCUUCUGCUCAUAAUCACAGAGGCCGAAUGGUUUCUCUAUGAUCUAGAUGAUUUCGUCAAACUCUGCGGUGGAAUCGCCCCUCCCCAUCCAGCGUCUACAACAGGGGGUGCUUCUUGUGUUGUGCACACAUGGAGUAGGGGAUCCUUUCUGACAGUGGAUAAAAUAGCUGUUUGGACUAAACAGGGAAUGUGUGUUGUGUACCAACUGCCACCCGACGUGAACCCAGAGAACAAAAGAUACAGAUCUAAACUAGACAGCUCCAAGGAAGAGCAUCUGAAAAUUCUGGCCUCCUUUGACGCACACGAAGACUACAUUCGUAGUCAGAAAGAGUCCAAAAGUGAGGACGAUGAAAAUGGUCUAAAGAUGUUUGACUUCGACUCUGCGACGAACAUUCUCGCGCCUGAUUGUGUGUCGGCAUCGCAGUUUUCAAACAUGGGAUUCGUGUUUGCUUCGGGUAAUGAGGAAGGCUUCCUUUCUAUACACGUGCUGCCCAGUUCUAUUCUCUCUAUUGACGGGAAAACGAAAAAUUGGGAUCCUAGUAUGCUGAACAAAAAGAUUCAUUGCCUUUCAUCUACAUCUCUAGCUCAUGUUUGGGAGAAGUUCAAACCAUCCGGACUAGUUGACCACUUGGUGGACGAAAAUGGAGCCUCGCACAAAGUGACGAGUAGUCUCUACUUGGCACAGUAUGGCAACUUAGCUUGUGGCAGAGAGGAUGGUUCGAUAGUGUUGAUUCCAGCCAUAGAACACGCGGCCCUUAAGCUGCUAGCACCCCAGUACACGAAACAGUUAGGACUCCCUUCUUACUUUGUGAUGCGGGGAGGACACUACUCAAAAGUGACCUGUCUGUUAUAUCCCUACCAGGAUUCCCACAGAUACGACAGAUCUCUCUUUGUAUCGGGUGGGAUGGACUUUUCUGUGGUGAUUUGGAACCUGUUGAGUGGCCAGCUCAUUAGGCGCUUCGUCAACCACGCAGGCCAAGUGGAGAGACUCUUCAUUCCACCAGACACCUGUGGUCCUAGAAUCAGGCAAUGUGUGGUUAGUGUGAGUUCGGACCACGGAGUCAACCUAACCUCGCUUUCUGAGAGGAACACAAUCCUGAUGGCUGGCUGCCAUCUGUUCCCAGUCAAGACAGUCAAGUGGAAGCCCUCCCACGACUUCAUGCUCGUCCAGACAACUGACGGAACACUUUACGUCUGGCACCUGUCCAGUGGGUACCUAGAUAGAGUGAUCCAGGGUUCGGAGGCGGAGGACAUCCUGAGUGCGUGUGAUGAGAUGGAGCACGAGGUGACUAUCAGAGGCAAUUUGAAAGAUGCCUUCAAGAGGAGAAACGUGGAUGCUCUCAAAGACAUGGCAAUACAGCAGAUCACUGACCUCGCAGUGCAAGAAAAAGUUGGUGUGAACAGUCGUGGGGAUUCGAACAGGAAAAGAGACGGGGCUGGGACUUCCGCUUCGCCGUCUGGCUCAUUUAGUGGACUGAAUAUAUGUCCGAUCAGGCUUAGUGACGGAGAUCCAUUCUUCCACGUGUUAUUUUUUGACACAGAGGCACUAGUCAUACAAUUGCUGAAUUGUGACAAACGCCGUCCAACAACGUCCAGUUCUCCGCCUGCAACUCCAGUGGCCUCUGAGAAAUUCAAGCCAGAAUUCGAGAGACUCGAGGAGGUGCGCAGACUCACUCAGUCCAGCUCAAACUUCACAGAUAAGGUGUCGAAGUUGGGCAACAAAUUGCUGGAGAAUGUGAAGAAGGAGAUAGUUUCGACAACAGCUACUGCUCAGACACAAAUGCAGGGCACCAAUCUCCAAUCAUCUUCUGACAGCUCCUCGGCAGCCGAAGCUCACUCGAACAGGAAACCAACUUCGAAUAUGUCUCUACCCUUAGUCGAUGUUGAGGGGUAUCUGGAGUCAUCGCAGGAUGAUGCAGCUGACUUUGAGAAGCAGAGAACUCAAAAACAGACACCUGCAUUGGACCCCGCGCAACAGGAGGCGGAACAGGAGCAGCUAACCUGUGAAACAGCGCAGCUCAUGAUGAGUCUCUUGUUCGCCUGGGGCUUCAAUCCCUCCCUCGAUAGACUGUGCGUGGAACUGUUGGGUCUGUUUCGCCCAAGUGACUCUGUAUGCUUUGGGGUCACAUCCAGACCUGGAUACCUGACGCUGUCUUUACCUAGUCCGAAAACAAUAUCAGAACGCCAUUGGUCCGUGUCUAGUUCCCUCACUACCCAGCACAGACUAUCAAUCAUCACCCUCUCCAAUGCUUUGAUGAGCAUGCGCGUGCCCAUUCUGGCCCAGAAACUGCUCGACAAAGUGGGUCCCUCAUCCUACCCGGACAUCUUCCAGGGCUGGAGCUCAGUCGCCGCACUUCACUGUGUACUCUUCCCGGAUAUGGCCCCCGGCGAGGCCCAGAUGGCGGAUCUGGAACAGCUAGUUAGGCGAUGGCAGGAUCGCUGUCUCGAAGUGCGCGAAGCAGCACAAGCUCUGCUCCUUGCAGAACUGAAGCACAUCGGAUCUAGAGGUCGUCAGAAUUUGGUGGACAUAUGGGCUUCUCAUCUACCGCUCCUGGGAUCAGACCCGAACAAUCAACACCCGCCGCAACCCUCCAAUACUUUGCCAACUCCUCAGGGAUCAUCAACAUCUUUCUCCAAUGCUUCUUCUGUCGCUUCUAGUCCGAAACACUCGGGAGUGCAGCCGGGUGUCCAUGCUGCCAAUUCUUCUUACCCGCAGUCCACUGGACAGAUGCAAGGAGACAAUCACUCGGAUGGAAAUAGCGUGGACGAUGAUGAUUCAUUGGGAUCCAUGACUGCAAUUACAAGCGCCUCUAAUCCGACUCAGUCCACGAAACUAUCUCGUCACGAGGCUCAACGUAGACAAGGAACAGCGAUAGUCAUGUUGGGAGUACUAGGAGCCGAAUUCGGGCAAAGUGUAUCUGAAAGUGGAAGUUUCCAGUCAGACGGAAGUUUUCUGGAGGGAUUUUCUGGCGCCAACAUGUCCUUAGCCAGAUAUACAUGCCAGGCUCUGUCGCACUUGUUAUUGCACCCACCCAAAGGUGUAGAUAAACAGCGCGGAGAACUGAGAAGAGCAGCUAUUCAUUUGAUUGGACGAGGCUUCACAGUGUGGGAACCAUAUAUGGACAUAACUAAAGUGAUUUUGGCUCUGCUAGAAGUUGCCUCAGAUACGAAAGUAGACUACGAUUUAAUGUUCAAUGGUUUGCCGUUGCUGCCCGAGAUGGAUCUUCUGCAGACAACACACUAUGCGCUGACUCAGAUUGCCACCACUAGACCAAGUCUGUUCAUAACAUCCUUGGCAAGAGAGGUCGCCCGCUUCUCAGCCAUCAUGGCCGCCGCACAGGGUCCUUCUACUCUCUCUUCUUCUAACAUGCCGAGUGCAGUGUUGGCCAGGAGCAAGACCGAGAUACUGAGGAAUGUCGAGAUACUCAUGGACAAGCAGCAUCACGAGGUGGAGAAUCUACUUCUGGAGACAAUGGAUAUUGUGCUGCACUGCCUGGAUCCUGGGAUCUUGAAAAACAAGAUGCUGAAGAACGUCUUCCCAUCUUGCAAUAAGUUCUUGGCUGUCGACCACUGCAGUACAACUCGAAGAGUGGCAGCAGGAGGCAGAAGAAGUGUGGUGCACCUGUAUGACAGCAGAGCCCUCAGACCCCAGGUGAUCCAGGGUCCAGAUGAGGCUCAGGAGGGAAGCAGUAUCUCCUGUCUGUGUUUCUCGCCGGAUGGGAAGUACCUGGCAACUUUUUUGGCACAGCUGGGAAAAAUACUCUUCUGGCAGGCUAGUAGUUCGUUCUUCAACAUGAUCGCAGCUAACUCUUUUCGAGUGGUGAAAGUGGCCGAGUGUCCCCGUUUGGGUAUCUCCUCUGGCCCAGUGAUCAAAGGCAGGCGAUUCGUCACUCACCGCAUGGUCAUUAUUCUAUUGAGCGACGGAGGAGAGUUUCGAUUCACUCUCUGAGUAAAAUGUGCUGAAGAAGUGCUGCACAAAAAAACUAUACUGCUGAAACAUAUGUAUCGACAAAACAUUCCAAGAUAGCGAUAGCUUUUUAGGAAUUAAAAAUAUUCUAAUUUGAAAAUGGUAGCAUUUCGUUUGUAGAUUAGGUUUCGUUUUGACGGUGUAGCAACUAUAUGAACUCUAUCUAUGCAAUUUAUUUAAUCUAUUGAAUUGACAUUGCUCAUUUAUUAUAGGAAAUUUAGUGUUAGAUAAAUUUAUUCGAAUUUGUUGGUGUCUUUAUUUAUGCAUAUAUUGCUAG